AGAAAGGACAACUGACACACGCAUCAAAAUAGAAAAAAAAGUUCAUGUCUUGGGGAACGUGUCUGUACUAUAUGGGGUGAUGAUCUAAAAAAAUUAACAUGGCAAGCCAAAAAAUAAAUACAGUUAUAAACAAUAGACCUCCCAUUGAAACUUUUGAAUUGUUAGUGCCGUUUGAAGCUUUCACAGGAUUCUCUAGAUGGAAAUACCAUGAAUAUUUUGCACAAAUACAAAAAUCUUAUGGUCUAAAACUUAAAAUUAUGAAUACAUCUUUUCGUUCUUUACGAAAUGAAGGACAAGCAAAGCUUGUACUAACAGGAACUGCAGAUCAAAUAGCACCAGCCGUCGUUCAAAUAGAAAAUAAAAUUAAAUAUCAAGUCGAGUUACAAGCUCACUUUAAAUAUAUGAUGUCGGAGAACUCUAAAUUAAUAGCGUUCGGAAGAAGCAAGCCUAAACGUCAUAAUCAAGAUCGUAAUGAUCAUAAUAAAGAUGAUGUUAAUAAUGAUAAUGAUGCUCUUAGUAAUAAUAAUAAUGACAGUAAUAAUAGUAUUAAUGAUAGUAGUAGUGAUAAUGAUAGUAGUAGUGAUAGUGAUAGUAGUAGUGAUAGUGAUAAUGAUGAUAGUGUUGAUAUAAAUGUUGAAAACAAUUGUGAUGGGAAAAUCAGAGAUGGCCGUAUUGAGAAGUAUUUGUUACUAGUGCCAUAUCCAGUUUGCAAAAAAAUCAUAGGAAAGUAUGGAUACACAGUGGAGGAAAUAGAAAAAUCUACUGGUGCGAAAAUCGCAGUUGAAAUGGAUUCCAAGAAAUAUGAGCAAAUGGAAAGAAAAGUAAUAGUAGUAGGAAAUAAAGAGCAAUCAAUGAAAGCUAUUAGUCAGAUAAGAGACAAAGCGGAUGAAUUGAAUGAAUCUAUGUCUGUAAUGCUUAGCAAGAAAGUAGAAGACCCCAGUAAAAUAGACUUUGAGAAAGAACUUGAAUUUAAAGAUGCUGAAUUAUAUAUACGUGAUUCUGCCAUUAACUUACAUCUUUGCGAUUUUACAAUAUUUCCGAAGACUUUAUUAGAACAAGUGAGUAAUUCGCUGGAAGUGUAUGUAUCUGCGAUGGAAACGCCAAAUCGAUUUUGGAUUCAAGUGAUUGGUCUUGGAAAUAUUAAUUUAAAACGUUUGGUAAACUCUAUGACGGCUUAUUACAACACUAAGAAAAGUCGCGAGAUUCAUGCCUUGAAAAAAGUAGUGUCAGGUCAAAUGGUAGCAGCUAGAUUGAAACAUGACAAAAGAUGGUUUCGUGCGGAAGUAAUAAAUUUCAUGGAAGAGUCUUCUCAAUGCAAAAUCUUCUUUGUAGAUUAUGGAAAUAUCGAAAUUGUUUCUAUAAAUAAUGUAUUAGAACUUCGUACAGACAUGUUAAUCUUACGACAGCAGGCUGUGGAGUGUUCACUAGCAAAUGUGAAGCCGCGAGGAGGUCAGUGGAAUCCUGAAGCUAUAGAUAUGUUUGCCCAAAUUGCUCAUGCAACAAAAUGGAUACCGCUUAUUGCUAAAGUUCGAGGCUACAAAGAACGUUUAAUCUGUGACGGAGGAUCUCGUCGUCCAAAGACAAUGAUUCCUCAAGUCGAACUGUUCUAUCAGAAUAAUGAUGAGGAGAUUAACAUUGGAGAUAAAUUGGUACGUUUGGGAAUGGCUUUAGUUGAGGAAGAGAUCUCUUUGGCAGUGAAUUCUGCAUUACCUCGUGAAAAGUGCGAUUUUCUAUUUCUUCCAUAUUUACCCGAUUCGUUUCAUCUGGAUUAAAUGUGCUUCAGAAUUCAUGACAAUUGAUGAUGAAGACAAUUUUAAUUUGGAGGACUAAUUUAGCAAAUAAGGAAUCUAAGCAACCAAUUGAACAUAUAAGUAUAAAAAUGCUGAAAAAAAAUCAAAGUGACAAAGUCUUCUAUUCAGAGAAAAAAAGAUUAAUAUCGGUUGCGAUUAUACAGUACUAUAUAAACGGGUAGAUGAUUUUACAUGAAUUUGAAUGGUAGUUGUAUGAAAUGAAAUCUAGCGUCUGUUAACGUGUGUAAAGCGUGUGUAAACUACCUCAAAUUCAUAGAAACAUCAAGUAAACCAUAAUCAAUAUUAAAAUUUUUUCUUUUUUACUUUAAUACAAAAAUUAAAUCAUUAAAGAUACAUUUCUAUGAACUUAUAAACUAAUAAACAUAAUAAAAAUAAACUAAAUAUAACAUUUAUAUGUAAUUUAAUAUUCAAAUUCAUAUAAAAUCUCGAUGCAAUUUUCAUUAUAUGUAUGUGGGCUCACAAGUUUAUGAUAAUUGAAGUAAAUUAUAUUACUUUAAUUUUACACAAUGAUUUAAAAUUACGUUUUAAAGAAUUAAGAGAUAUUAAGAGAUAUUAAUAUUACUUUUUGUUUUUAUAUUUUUAUAUUGCUUUUAACUUGCAUCAACGUAUUAAAAAUAAAUAUAUACGAAAUAGUUGAAUAGUUACAUUGCAAUGGUAUAAUUUUUGUUUACUUUAAAUAUUUUAAGCAUACAGAUAAUAUAAAGAUUAAAUAUAAAAUUUACUUCAAUAACUUGUUUAAUGAUAUAAUAUUUAGUAUGUUAAUAGUUGCGUAAGUUCUAUCUCGUACUAUUAUACUAAAAUAUAAUAAAAUGAUAUAAAAAAAUGACAAAAAAA